GCAAUCGUUACACUUCUGUGUGUUUCGAGUUUCGACUGAAGAAUCAAAAACCCUAAUUGAGAUUUUUCACUUUCGCUGCUUCCAAAUCUCUGAUUCAUUUCUUCCGUCUCACCGUUGAAUCUGAAAAUGAUCACCGGAGUACUCCGCCGAUCUUCACUGCCGUCGAGGCACGCUCUCUCCGCCGCGUUAUCCUCGUUCGAUUCAUGUCUUUCUCACAAUCUCACUCCAGCCUCCACCGCAGCCUCCUCCAUCACCCCUCGAUUCACUCUCGCGUCGUCUCCGAACUCAUUUGGUAUCACAGCGAGGAGGGACUUCCACAUUAGAUCUGAGCCGCCGAUGUUUGUUCCCGCAGGAAUCGCGUUUCACGGUUACGCUACUGCUGCACCAGAGAUUAAGAAAUCUAAGAUUAAAAUUGCUCCAGAGAAUGUCAAACCAUUGAGUAGGAAAGAGAUCGCUCUCCAGAAAGAGGCAGCAGCUGAAGAAGAAAGCACAUCAAAGAUCAAAGGAACCAAGAUUUGCAUAGCGAUUCGAUCUUUCGAUAACCCGGAGAAGCAAGCUUGGUGUCUACCUCCUCACACCCGUAAAGUUGCGAUGCCGGACACGCGUACGCUGUACACUGUGCUAAGGUCGCCUCACGUCGAUAAGAAGUCUAGGGAACAGUUUGAGAUGAGGUUCAAGAAACGGUUUCUUGUCAUCAAAGCUCAGAGUCACGAGCUGAGCAAGAAGCUCUUUUGGUUGAAACGUUACCGUAUUCUUGGAGCUCAGUAUGAACUUCAGUUCCAUUGCAAAACCCGUUUGGAUAUGACUAAAGUGUUUGGCAACAUUAAUGAUGGCUCCACCACCACCACCGUUGCUCAGUGAGAUUUGUGUGCUAGAAAAGGUAAUCAUUUUUGAAGAAAGUUUUCAAGACGCAACCGGGUUAGGUUUUGACCGGAGGAAUCUGCAAUAAUUUCGAAACCCUUACGGAUCCAAAGAACUCAGACCCUCGUUUCAGAUCAAAUCCUGUAGCUCUUUUCUUGCUUUAGUAUAAACUUGUGUCUUUUGUUUGGAACGAUUCUUAAAGAUCAAUUGAGUUUCAAUGCUUUCAGUUUA